UCAAACCUUCUGUCUGGCCGUUCGGGUCCAUUCCGUUCGGGAAGAAAACCAGAAGGCUCCGUAGAGGUCUUUUGAGUUUUCCGGCAUGGAUCCCGGCCGCCUAAUCUUUCUUUUGUUCUUCUGGUGCCUCGCAUCUGGCGUUGCGUCAGAAUCCGUCCUCAAAAUUUUGCCGGAAAAUCGAAAAUCCGCUCGUCUGGACCUUGUCUCAAGAGACCGCAAAUUCCAAAGAGAUGACGGACUGUUCUGCGACAGCUGGAGGUUGUCGGUCGAGACUAAUAACGUCGGGUUCUGGAAGAAGAUCCCUCAGAGAUGCGCCAGUUUCAUGAAGGAAUACAUUUCCGGAGAUCACUACGCAUCAGAUUCCGACGUGGUCGCCCAGAGCUCAUUGGCUUUUGCAGAAACCGUUGAGCUAUCUGGCGACGGGAAGGACGCCUGGAUUUUCGACAUCGAUGAGACAUUGCUCUCCAACUUUCCAUACUACGAGCUCCAUGAUUUCGGAUUGCAGGAAUUUGACGAAAGGACAUUUAACGUGUGGGUGGAUAUGGCGGAAGCGCCACCUUUACCGCCGAGUCAGAGGCUAUACAAACAACUCCAGCAACUGGGGUUCACGUUGAUUCUGCUGACGGGACGGAGCGAAGCUCAAAGGGACGCCACUGAGAAGAACCUUUUGGUUGCCGGGUACCACAGCUGGGAAAAGCUCAUCUUACGGGGACCGUCAGAUCAGGGCAAACCUGCAAUUAUAUACAAGUCAGAGAAGAGAAUGGAGCUAGAGGCAGAAGGUUAUAGGAUUCAUGGCAGCUCCGGUGAUCAAUGGAGUGAUCUGUUGGGUUUUGCCAUGGCCAAACGAUCGUUCAAACUACCAAAUCCAAUGUACUACAUUGCCUAAAUUAAACACGGUCACGUAGUUUUAAUUGUAAAUUUUUUUUUGUAACUUCCUUUGCUCUCUAUAAGAGUUUAGAAAUAGAAGAAUCUCUUUUUUUUGU